CGGCACACUGUCAGUCAACACUGUGGGCACGCCCACCACCAGCGGCGCGGCCACACCAGGAAGCACACCAAACAUCUUCGCUGCUGCCACGGCAACGCCCAAGAGCAUGAUCAACACCACAGGUGCCACUGACUCUGCCUCUUCUUCCUCUUCUUCUUCCUCAUCCUUCGUCAACGGUGCGACCAGUAAGAACCUACCAGCCGUACAGACAGUGGCUCCCAUGACCGAAGAUACCGUUGAGAGCAUGAGUGUCUAUUGUGAGGUGGAGCAGUGUGAGCUGCGCAGUGGGUUGACUCCUCCUGAGCUCAAGCCCUUUAGCUCUCUGGCAGGCUUCCAGACAGCCCCCCGCGAUGCAGGACAGUGUCUUAGUAUCACCACUAAGUUGGAGCGUGCCCUGGAGAAGGGCCCCCUCCUGAGGGAGAUCUUUGUGGACUUUGCUCCGUUCCUCUCUAGGACCCUGUUGGGUAGCCACGGCCAGGAGCUGCUCAUUGAAGGUACAGGUCUGGUCUGUAUGAAGUCCAGUACUUCAGUAGUGGAGCUGGUCAUGCUGCUCUGUUCUCAGGAGUGGCAGAACUCUAUCCAGAAGAACGCUGGGCUGGCCUUCAUAGAGCUCAUAAAUGAGGGAAGAUUGCUGUGCCAUGCUAUGAAGGACCACAUUGUGCGUGUGGCCAACGAAGCAGAGUUUAUCCUCAACAGACAGAGAGCUGAAGAUGUACACAAACACGCUGAGUUUGAGUCUAACUGUGCCCAGUACGCUGCUGACAGGAGGGAGGAGGAGAGGAUGUGUGAUCACCUGAUCAGCGCUGCCAAGCACAGGGACCAUGUGACCGCCAACCAAUUGAAACAGAAGAUACUCAACAUCCUGACCAAUAAGCACGGGGCGUGGGGCACGAUGUCACAGAGCCAAUUACAUGACUUCUGGCGUCUGGAUUACUGGGAGGAUGACCUGAGGAGGAGGCGGAGAUUCGUACGGAACCCCUUUGGCUCCACCCACCCUGACGUGUCACUCAAAGCCCUGGAGGACUAUGGUACUGAGGAGGAGGAAGAGGAGGGGCUAAAGUCUAAGAAGACGUUCCGCAGCCAGUCAGUGGUCAGUCAGAACCCGGAGGCGGAGCUUAUGCUGGAAGGAGAUGAUGACGCUGUCAGUCUGCUGCAGGAGAAAGAGAUGGACAACCUGGCAGGCCCUGUGGUGCUCAGUACUCCAGCCCAGCUGGUUUCUCCAGUAGUGGUGGUCCACGGGACUCUCUCCAUCACCACCACAGAGAUCUACUUUGAGGUGGACGAGGACGACCCGGCCUUCAAGAAGAUCCACACCAAGGUCCUGACCUACUCCGAGGGUCUACAUGGCAAGUGGAUGUUCAGUGAGAUCAGAGCUGUCUUCUCCAGAAGAUACCUGCUCCAGAACACUGGUCUAGAGGUCUUCAUGGCCAACCGCACGUCUGUGAUGUUCAUUCCCGACCAGGCUACAGUGAAGAGGGUAGUCUACAGUCUACCCAGGGUGGGAGUAGGAACCAGCUACGGACUGCCUCAGGCCAGGCGUAUCUCCUUGGCGACGCCUCGUCAGCUGUUUAAGUCGUCCAACAUGACCCAACGCUGGCAGAGGAGGGAGAUCUCCAACUUCGAGUAUCUCAUGUUCCUCAACACCAUCGCAGGGAGGACCUACAAUGAUCUGAACCAGUACCCAGUGUUUCCUUGGGUUCUCACUAACUAUGAGUCAGAGGAGCUGGACCUCACUCUGCCCGGCAACUUCAGAGACCUAUCGAAGCCAAUCGGAGCGUUGAACCCGAAGCGAGCUGUGUUUUAUGCAGAACGCUAUGAUACCUGGGAGGAGGACGGAACGCCUCCACAUCACUACGGCUCCCUCUACUCUACCGCUAACACCACACUGCUAUGGAUGCUGCGGAUAGAGCCCUUCACCACCUUCUUCCUGAAUGCCAAUGAGAACCAGUUUGACCACCCUGACAGAGCCUUCUCUGGCAUCGCACGGGCAUGGAGGGACUGCCAACGAGACACCGCUGACGUCAAGGAGUUGAUCCCAGAGUUCUACUACCUCCCAGAGAUGUUUGUUAACAGUAGUGGUUUUGAGCUGGGACAGAGAGAGGACGGGACUCCUGUGUCUGAUAUAGAACUGCCAGCCUGGGCCAAGAAACCUGAGGACUUCGUACGCAUCAACCGCAUGGCGUUGGAGAGUGAGUUUGUGUCGUGCCAGCUGCACCAGUGGAUAGAUCUGAUAUUUGGUUAUAAGCAGCGAGGGCCGGAGGCUGUACGAGCUCUCAAUGUCUUCCAUUUCCUGUCCUACGAGGGCUCUGUCACUUUGGAUUCCAUCACCGACCCCGCACAGCGGGAGUUGAUGGAGACCCAGAUCCAGACAUGUGGUCAGACUCCAUCCCAGCUGCUGAUCGAGCCACACCCCCCUCGCUCCUCUGCCAUGCACCUGUGUUUUCUUCCUCAGAGUCCUCUGAUGUUUAAGGACCAGAUGCAGCAGGAUGUGAUCAUGGUGCUGAAGUUCCCCUCCAACUCCCCUGUGACCCACGUAGCAGCCAACACCCUGCCCCACCUUUCUGUCCCUGCUGCUGUCACCGUCACCUGCAGCAGAUUGUUCGCUGUCAACCGUUGGCACAACACCGUCGGUCUGCGGGGCGCUCCAGGUUACUCCCUAGAACAGGCUCAUCACCUGCCCAUAGAGAUGGACCCUCUCAUUGCCAACAACUCAGGUGUGAGUAAGCGUCAGAUCACAGACCUGGUGGACCAGAGCAUCCAGAUCAACACACACUGCUUCGUGGUUACCGCCGACAACCGCUACAUCCUGGUCUGUGGCUUCUGGGACAAGAGCUUCAGAGUCUACUCUACCGAGACAGGUAAGCUGACCCAGAUAGUGUUUGGCCACUGGGACGUGGUGACGUGCCUGGCCCGGUCAGAGAGCUACAUCGGGGGGGACUGUUACAUUGUGUCGGGGUCCAGAGACGCUACCCUGCUGCUGUGGUACUGGAGCGGACGCCAUCACAUCAUUGGAGACAACCCCAACAACAGUGACUACCCUGCUCCUAGAGCUGUGCUGACGGGUCACGACCAUGAGGUGGUGUGUGUGUCAGUCUGCGCUGAGCUGGGACUGGUCAUCAGUGGGGCCAAAGAGGGUCCAUGUCUGGUCCAUACUAUAACAGGGGAUCUGCUGCGGGCCCUGGAGGGCCCAGAGUUGUGCCUGAGGCCCCGCCUCAUCUCUGUGUCCAGCGAGGGCCACUGUAUCAUCUGUUAUGAGAGAGGACGCUUCUGUAACUUCAGCAUCAACGGGAAACUACUGGCUCAGAUGGAGGUCAACGACUCCACACGGGCCAUCCUGUUGAGUAGUGACGGUCAGAACCUGGUGACAGGAGGAGACAACGGGGUGGUGGAGGUGUGGCAGGCCUGUGACUUCAAACAGCUCUACAUCUACCCAGGCUGUGACGCUGGCAUCCGCGCCAUGGACCUCUCUCACGACCAGAGGACUCUGAUCACUGGCAUGGCGUCUGGCAGCAUCGUAGCUUUCAACAUCGACUUCAACCGCUGGCACUACGAACACCAGAACAGGUACUGAGGAGAGGAGGAGGAUGAAGAGGAGGAGGAAGAGGAGGAGAGGAGGAU